UGACGUCAGCAGCUCUCGCGCGAUGUUGUGAGAUCUCGCGAGAGGUCGGUCAGCUGAUCGGUACAUGCGUUCAAGAUGGUGGCCAGCAUGGUGGAGCAUGUUGUAGCUGAUGCGGGGGCUUUUCUAAAAAACGCAGCUCUGCAUGAAAUUGGGAAGAAUAUCUACACACUGAAGGAGGUUGUGAAUGAAAUCCGGGAUAAACAAACCAAAAAGAACUUGGCGUUUCUGCCAUACAAGCUCAACUUUAAAGAACCUUUUCCAGAACACGUUCGAUUCGUGACCGAGUUUGCAAAGAAGACCGGAGAUUAUCCCAGUCUGUCAGCUACAGACAUUAAGGUCUUGGCUUUGACCUACCAGCUGGAGCUGGAGAACUGUGGAGCUGCUCACUUAAAGAAAGAACCAGCAGUACAGGUGGAAGUACACAGCACACAGAGACACCCAGAAGCUCCGGUUAACAUCGCCGGAUUUCACCUUCCUUCAAAACAGAAAUCCGUAGCCAGCUCAGCGACUGAUGAUCAGCAGCCUGCGGCAUCACGUGAACGUGGAGUUGGCGAGAGCUCGGAGUUUAACAGCUUCCAGUACUGGAGAGAUCCCAUAGCCAGCAUUGACGACGACUUACUGAAACUGGUGGAAUCCUCAGAAAGCUCAGAAGUUCAGUGUGACGUCGCGUCACGUGAAGGUCGGACCGCCGAGAGCUCGGAGUUUAACAGCUUCCAGUUUUGGAGAGAUCCCUUACCCAGCAUCGAUGACGAGUUAUUAAAGUUGUUUGAUGUGACCGAGAAAGUGAAGCGCGUGGAUCUGACGUCUCGGAGCACCGAGCGCGAGGAUGACGACGGUGUGGAGGAGAGAGGGGCUGAGGAUGAAGACGGCGAAGACGAUGGCGGAGGCUGGAUCACUCCCGGUAACAUCAAACAAAUCCAGAUGGAUGCUGCCGAAUGGUGUCCACCGGAAAACGUGUCGGUGGGCUGCCUGACCACCGACUUUGCCAUGCAGAACGUGCUCAUUCAGAUCGGCCUCAAAGUGCUGUCGGUGAACGGCAUGCUCAUCAAACACACCAGAAACUACAUCCUCCGCUGCCACGCGUGCUUCAAGACGACCACCAACAUGAACAAAGCUUUCUGUCCACAUUGUGGUAACAACACGCUGAAGAAGGUGGCCGUGACGCUCGGCCAGGACGGCAGCACGCAGAUGCACUUCUCCAACAACCCCAAAGUGCUCAAUCCCAGAGGAAAGAGGUACGCUGUUCCUUUGCCACAAGGUGGGAAACACUCCAGCAACCCACACCUGGUGGACGAUCAGCGUUUCCCUCAGCAGCGACUCUCUCGUAAGGCACGUGUGAAGACAGACGUGUUCGACCCCGACUACCUCGCUGGCAGCUCGCCGUUCUCGGAGCAUGACAUUUACAGCCGAGCGGCGGGUUUACACCUGAAAGACGCUCAGUGCGGAGGAGGGAGACGGCGCGCGAACCCGAACGCCUCUCGCAAGAAAUCCGGCAAGAAAAAGUGAAUCGGCGGCGCGGGGUUAGUUACAGAACGGGGCGGAAAUGAAAGAAAAAUAAAGCCUUGUGUUGUAAACGUAUGAAAAUGUUUAAUACUACAGAUUCUAUUAGGGAUGCAUCGUUACUGAGAUCAGUCAGAAUAAAUGCUAUGAUAUUUAGCUAACACCUUUUAGCGCGUGAUGUACGUCACGUCGUAUGCCAUCAGACCGUGUGCUAUUUAGAGGAGAAACGCGAGCGUCAUCACCGCUAUCUAAACGUUGCAUGUUGUGCUCAUUUUUAACCCCCACGCUCAGUUAUUCCGCUCUGCAUGCUCAUCUUGUCUAACCGCCUUAAGCAUGAAAUUUCAGCAGUCGUUCGUGGUUAGCGUCGUGCGGCAGCCGAUUAAAAGUGCUUCACUAAUGUGUUUUGUUGUUAGGACAAAAGUUAUCGAUGCAUCCCUGAGGUCUACAUUUUCCUGCCCUUUGUAUGUUCAGUGGCAUUUUGGUGGACAAAUGAUUGUGUAUCCAUCGCGUACCUUUGUGUAACCAUGACAACUAAAGGUUCAACAGACUGUCUGACACACUUGAGUAAUUUAAAUACAUGUUAUUUAUCAA